AUGGCAGAGUAGGCUGACAUCCAUUCUUAUUGUCUCUAGCUAUCAGACGGCAUCCAACAAUUACACCGACUCCAACAGCGGCGGCUCCAUCUCCACCAGCCCAUCGUCAGCCGCGUCGUCGCUGGCUUACACAAACUAUCAGUCGAACCAUUGCACAAGCGUUCCCAGCUUUCCAGCACCUGUGCAACUACCCCAGUCGUUCGUGCCAACGUCCUAUGCCACUUCUCGGGGGCCGCACAUGUAAGUUUCGUCCGGCGCACAGCGCCAGCCGCACAUCACUGGCUGUCUCGCACAAGCUCACACAUGGUUGACAGUUCAGACAGCACUGGCUCGAGCAUGCUCCCGCCCCCAAACCCUAACCGAUCACCGAUAUCAAGCCCAUCGAAUGCAAUCGACCGUGAGGCGUACGUGAGCUCGACACCGUUCUUAGCUCGAUCUCAGCCCGGCUACGGAUCCUAUCCAGACACCCCCCGAAGUACUCUACCUCUCGCUGGCCUGUCACUGUCAAACACUCCGGCUCACGCCCACUACGCCAACGGUAACGGUCACAUGUCUUCGCCUGGCUACAGCGCGCAGAAUGACUGCGGCAACUUUCCCUGGCCCAAUCUGGAGGUCCACGCUGACAUGACCUGCAACAACACCGCAGUCACACCCGAGGUCUUCGCCAAAGUCGAAAAGGGCUUCUUCCGCUCCACCGUCGACAACAAGUGGACCUGCUAUCGACGCAACUACUUUUCCGUGCAAUGUAACUACGAGCUGCGGCCGAACAUCGACAAUGCGCCCAUAUACCUCAAGCGGAACAAUAGUUCGACCACCGAGAUGGUCCAAGCAAUGGGCAUGCGCUUGUCCGCUGCUGUCGACGGGUCUGGUGGGAAGAGUAUCGAGUUGGUGCAACACACUCCGAAGCGUGACAAUGGGCCCAAGAACAAGAUCGAGAUUGUCCGGGUCGCUCCCACACCAAGCCCGGGACGGGGUGACCACGUCUCACCACACGGAGGAAUCUACUCAGUACCUCUGUCUGGCUUCCAUGCCACAGGUCACGUUCCGGGACCUCGCCUUCCUCUCCAAAACACACCCGAUCCCAAUUCCUCUUCGUCGACCAGCACGCAGACUUCACAGCUAGCCGGCACGUACCAAUACUCUGCAGCAGGAGCACCACAUAUGCCCAUGCCAGGCUCACAGCACACACAUAGCUUUGAGCGCGUGCAGUUCAAACAAGCGACUGCGAACAACGGCAAGCGGCGCGCAUCGCAACAAUAUUUUCACCUCAUCGUCGAGCUUUUUGCAGAUGUGCGGGAAGAAAGCGCUAAGCAGCCGGUUUGGGUCAAGGUCGCCCAUCGAGUCAGUGAGAAGAUCGUUGUCCGUGGAAGGUCUCCGAGCCACUACGCCAACGAGGGACAAAACCAAAGCGGUAGUAGAACGGGUAGCUCUGGCGGCAGCAGUGGAUACGCUGGUGGUAUGAUGGGCGGCUCAAGCUACACUGCAGUCGCCAAUACACCAGGCUUCCGUGCCUCUAUGUCCAGCCACUACGGAGGUCCUACAGGCGGGUAUCAGCGUUCCAAGAACGCCUAUGGCGGAUUCCAUGCUUCUCCUGAGCACUCGGGCAGCAGCGCGUCGAGUGUUGACGGUGGUGCAAACGACUCCGAUUAUCCUGCGGACGCAGUCAUGUCUGAUGCCGAGAGGAGCGACAUCCAGGGUCAUGACGGUUACCGAUACUAUCCAGGCCCUCUCUAUGAGAAUGUCCCGUCUGUCCAGGGCGGGCUUCCACUGCCCAAGAUCGAGAGUGGUGCUCGAUUCUCCACGGACCCUUCCUCAUGGGCCGUCAAGAACGAGUAUUCUGACGCCGUCGGCGGAGCGCCUCAGUGGCCAGUCAGCAGUGUGAGUAGGUUCCAAGGCGUCGAUUCCAGUCGUGGGUAUUUCCCAGACUUGACGGCCAACUACUCAUGA